ACACAGUUGGCGGAAGAUGGGGCCACGACUCAGCUGGUGCUGGAUGCCGGAACCCGGCUGACCUUUCCACGUGUCCCCAGCACCUGCAAGGCUAGUAGGGCAUUGGGUUUCCUUUUCCCAGGAGCGGGGGCGAGCCCGGAAGAGGCCGGACGGCCGUCUGCUUAAAUCAGGGCGCUCGGAGGCCCUCUCUCGGAACACGUGCGACCCGCGAGCUGCUGGUGCGGAGGUUAGCCUGGCUUUCCCGCAGCGUCUGUGCCCGCGCGUCCCCAGCCCGCCGGCCGACGCCAGGAGGCGGGCCGCGGCGGCGACGGGCGGGUCCCAGAGCUUUCCGCAAGCUUGCAGGGCGGCCUAGCGAGCGCGCCAGGCCGGGACAGAGCGAGCCUCAGUGCAAUACUGCCCGAGCCCGGGCGGGGUCUCUGUUCUCUGGCAGAGGAGGUCCCUUGGCAGCGGGAAGCUCCCUCUCUUUCUCUCGCCGCCGCUCCGAGUCUGCGCCCUGGUGCCAGGCGCCCAGCUCGGCGCUCCCCUGUGCUCGCCCGGCGCCCACUCAUUCGCAGCCCAGCCUUCGCCGCUGCCGCCGCCUCCCUGCUCCUCCUACUUUCUCCAGCCCGCCGCGGCCAUGGCGGACAGCGCCAGCGAGAGCGACACGGACGGGGCGGGGGGCAACAGCAGCAGCUCGGCCGCCAUGCAGUCAUCCUGCUCGUCGACCUCGGGCGGCGGUGGCGGCGGCGGUGGCGGCGGCGGCGGUGGGAAAUCGGGGGGCAUUGUCAUCUCGCCGUUCCGCCUGGAGGAGCUCACCAACCGCCUGGCCUCGCUGCAGCAGGAGAACAAGGUGCUGAAGAUCGAGCUGGAGACGUACAAACUCAAGUGCAAGGCGCUGCAGGAGGAGAACCGCGACCUGCGCAAAGCCAGCGUGACCAUCCAAGCCAGGGCUGAGCAGGAAGAAGAAUUCAUCAGUAACACUUUAUUCAAGAAAAUUCAGGCUUUGCAGAAGGAGAAAGAAACCCUUGCUGUAAAUUAUGAGAAGGAAGAAGAGUUCCUCACUAAUGAGCUCUCCAGGAAAUUGAUGCAGUUGCAGCAUGAGAAAGCCGAAUUGGAGCAGCAUCUCGAGCAGGAGCAGGAAUUCCAGGUCAACAAACUAAUGAAGAAAAUUAAAAAACUGGAGAAUGAUACCAUUUCUAAGCAGCUUACGUUAGAGCAGUUGAGACGGGAGAAGAUCGACCUUGAAAAUACUUUGGAACAAGAACAAGAAGCGCUAGUUAAUCGUCUCUGGAAAAGGAUGGAUAAACUUGAAGCCGAAAAGCGAAUCCUGCAGGAGAAAUUAGACCAGCCGGUCUCAGCUCCCCCAUCACCUAGAGACAUCUCCAUGGAGAUUGACUCUCCAGAAAACAUGAUGCGUCACAUCAGGUUUUUGAAGAAUGAAGUGGAGAGGCUGAAGAAGCAACUGAGGGCCGCUCAGUUACAGCAUUCAGAGAAAAUGGCGCAGUACCUGGAGGAGGAACGUCACAUGAGAGAGGAGAACCUGAGGCUUCAGAGGAAGCUGCAGAGGGAGAUGGAGAGAAGAGAAGCCCUCUGUCGACAGCUCUCCGAGAGUGAGUCCAGCUUGGAAAUGGAUGACGAAAGGUGUUUUAAUGAGAUGUCUGCACAAGGAUUAAGACCUCGCACUGUGUCCAGCCCAAUCCCUUAUACUCCUUCUCCAAGCUCAAGCAGGCCUAUAUCACCCGGUGAGUACAUGUUCUCAGCUACUACUGUGACUGAUUUCUGGUGCAUCCCUGAAUGUGUUCCUUCUAAACAAUUCCCUAUGUCCUCCUACCCUCAGCCUUUGGCAACCACCAUUAGGCCUUCACCACGGAGAAGCAACAGUCCUGACAAAUUCAAACGGCCCACACCGCCCCCGUCUCCCAACACACAGACCCCAGUCCAGCCGCCGCCGCCUCCGCCUCCGCCGCCCAUGCAGCCCGCGGUGCCCUCAGCAGCUGCCUCGCAGCCCGCCCCUUCUCAGCAUUCGGUGCACCCCCCCUCCCAGCCUUAAUGCAUGUGCUUAGUCUGAAUCUCACGUUGGGACUCGUACAGUGGAGCCGUCUACUCAACGCCAAAGGCUUCCUUCCUUCCCCGGCAUAUUUGGAUCUGACUUAUUUGCACUGAGGUUAUCUAGGCUUCACUAUUAAUUGUGUUGUAAAUGUUUGUCGGAAACGCAGCCAGUGUUGUGGGUUACAACACUAAACAGACGACUUUUUCCAUCAGUGUUUUACUUGAAUCUACAUGUACGUCCAUUCCCUGGCUGGGACAGUUGCUAUUCAAUAUUGGUAAUUCGGCAGCAGUGUGCAGUUUUUCGCUUGGCCCCAGAGCUUCAUUUUUUUGGCUUUUAGGUUUGUAAAAUAAAAAGGGAUAUCUUUUUUAUAUUUUUUUCCCAUGAAUUUGCAGAAAAUUACUGAGCUGUUAUUACCACCCCACCCUCAUAAUGGUGUUUACCAAACAUACCAAUAAUUCAGCACUACAAUUCAGACCUUUGAAAAUCUAGCUUUCAGGGUAGAAUGGAAAGUUAGAUGGAUCAGUGCCCAAGACAAUAUACUGUUUAAUAGAGCUUUCUACAGAUACACUUUUUAUAAGGUUAUUUUCAGUAUAUAUCAAAAUCCAUGUCUCUUGUACAAAAGAUAGCCUACAGUAAUGGAUCACAUGGCUGUACCUUUUCCACCUACAUGGGAUGGAUAAUUAUUGUGUAUUAAGGUGUGAUUCUUUCUUUAUCCUUAAUGUUAAUCUACCCAAACUGGCCCUUUCUAACAUGAGUCCAUAAAUGUUGACCUCCCCACCAGUGGUUGCGAUGGCUGGUUAGAACAUGCUAUUUGAUUUCUGCUGCAGAAGGCAAUGUGACGAUUAUAACAAAAACAGCUAUUUCCCCUUCCCAUUCUUUGUGUUCCCCUAAAAUAGAGUUUGAACAAAUAUUUUAAAGGUGCAAAAUUAUUAGAAAAUACUAUUUGAAAUGAACGUUAUAGGACUAUCUUGGCAUAAUGGCCACAAAAUACUUUAUUGCUUGGCAGAAAAGAGAAGAGGUGUAGCACAUUAGCAUUGAUGACUGCUUAUUUCGCCCAGUAUAAGCAAGUGCAGUGUGUACAAAGAAGUAUAUUCUGAAUAUAUUAUUUCCAUUCAUUUAGCACAAAUAAAUCAUUUGGUUUCACUCUGAAGUGGAACACUGUGAGUCACUCAUUUCUUAAUACUCGCAACAUCUUAAUUUUGCUUUUCAGCAGUUACCGUUUUUGUACUUUGGUAGUAAAGUGAUCUUACCACCUGUGUUUGCAUAUUUAUAUAUACUGUGGACGAAAAUAACUUACUAGAGAAUGUAUAUUUUAUGAUGAGAAUGUGUAUCUGUUGGAUAUAAUCAGAGAACUGAAAAUUAAUUUAUCAGUAAUUUCUAAGAGUCCAUGUUUUGUGACAACCAUCUCAAAUAGCUAGCUCUUUAUUGAACACACUCCUAAAAAUAAGGAACCAUGACAUUGUAGAUAUUUAAUAUUGUACAGUAUAGAAACCUCCAUUUUUGCCUUCAAAUGCAUAUUUAAGAGUUACAGAAAGGAAAAAAAAAAAAGUCUUGUUGGAUAAUAGUGUUUGACUAGCAUUUUAAGAACUUGAGAGUAAAAGCAACAAUAGGAUUUUUCACUUCUUUCUACUUCUACCCCCUAAACUGAGAACUCCAGUCCUCAAUUGUUUGGAAGAAAUCGUACGUUUGUGUAAAUUUUAUUUAUAACGUGUGUGUAAUAUACAUAAUCAAUAGUACAGUUCUCAAGUAGGGGGAGAAGUUUCACAUAUUAUUGAAGCUUUAGAUUUUUGAUAUGAUCAGAUGGGGUCAGACCAAACCCGGGGAUUUCGCCGACGGCUCACUGCCCCUCUUGGUACAUUGCUACUCCGAGGAAUUCUGAGAGUAGGCAAACAAAAUUUGCCUUCACGGUACAGUUCUCGGUUUUUCUUAUAGGAGGAUAUGGUAUAUGUUUACAAGCAUCUUUUACAAGGUUAUAGAUUUCUGUGCUGUUAGACAGUGUCUUGCACCAAAACAAGAAAGUCCAUAAUCUAAUGAUCUUCCCUCUGCUUCCUGUCAGUUUACCUCCCGAAAGCACAAAAGUCAGAACGUUGCCAUAUGGUAGUUGAAAAAGCACUUGGAGUGAGCAAACAGUCCCUGAUAAAUGCCUUUUAGAGUCAAAGUUCUUGACGUCCAGACCUCCUGCCGAAAUGUAGUGCUGAGUCUCCUAGACUAGUCAUUUCAUUUAAAAAUAAAAUGGUUCCUUCAAACAGCACUUUUUCAAGAUAAAUCUAACUUCCUCUCCCUGCAGACAUUCAGAAUUGACAGAACAAACACUACUGUUUUGAAUGUAUGCUGUUUCUUAUCCUUUUAAAGUGUUUUAUGACCCCGUCUGGAGCUUGUCACACUUGGGCAGUACCUGCUAAGACAAUUUCCUGGCGAUUGUUUAGCCACCAGGGACCCAUCAGAUUCCGACCCUGAGCCCGGAAAGGCAGGAGUCCCCUCACCAGUGGGAAGCUGCCUUACCUUGGGCAUUUCUCACGGGGCGCCGAACAUGGUUACUGCCAUUCCUGUUGACCACUCGCCCAGGGUAACCCUGGCCUGACUCCCAGAAAGCCUUUGUAAAACCAGUAGCCAUCCCGAAGGCAGGCGGGAGCAAUAGUAGCUUCAGUAGCUUCAUUUUCCUGUCUUGUUGACAGAGACCCUUGGCUACCACUGUGCUGCUAAUAGGAUAAGUAUUCUGUUGCCAGAUUACCAUGCCUUUUACAUGAAACCAAAUUAACCUAAUACCUGACACCUCUCUGGGCUCUGAACUGCUUUCUUUCAUUAAGCAUGCUGGCAUUCUAGACAAUUCCAGAAAUUUAGCAGGUGGUGGAAGCAUUUAAGAUUUCAUUUAACUCUGUCCUUUGUUGAUUGAAAGGAGUUUUAGAUUUUGAGCUCCUGAGAUACCACAACCAUGGAAUGAAUGUGUGACCAGAAUGUGGCUUUGACACCAAGUGCUGCAGUCCCUUAGUAAUUGGCUUCUAACCGAUUUGACCAGAAAUAAUUGAUAGUGUGAAUUUUUAUUAACUGUUUAAUUAUAGGAAAAUAGAACAUGUAUCACACUUUAAGCAGAUAAGCAGACAGGAGUUUUUCCUGCACGACGCCUUGCUUGUAGAAGAUGCCUGAUAAGACAAGAAAAAAGCGUAGUAACUUGUGCUUCGAGAGCUCAAUAUUUUCAUCUUAAUCAGUACAGAAGAAAUAUUUCUGUGUAACUCGAUCUUCUGUCUAGAACUUGUCUUAUAGGUAACCAACACUGAAAAUUUUGUAGUGAUGACUACCAAAGAAAUACUGAGUGAAACAACCUUUAAUUUCCAAAUUAUUCAAGAGCCGCCAUUGACGCUGCUAUAUGAGUUCCAUGCUCAAGAGCCACUGUAAGAGAUUAAGGGGAUUUUAAAUGGUUUUUGUUUCUAGUUUUUUUCUUUUUGUCUCUUAGUUGUUAUUUUUUAACAUACACAGCUGUUAGCAUAACAUUAUGGGGAGCAUUUUCCAGAAUGCUCAGCAGUUUGUGGCUAACUGCCAAUCCCUGGUUGCCUCUCAUUAGGCAAUCGUAGGAAUCCUAUGUUCAUGAAAGCUGUGGGUGCUGUGUGUGUGCGUGUGUGCAUUCAUGCCUUAACUCGGGUUACUGCUCAACUUUAGUUCUUGACUUAGUCUGCACCGUCAUCUAGAUUGUAUAUCUCGAUCUGAACUUCAUCCUGGCAAAAACAAAGUUUCAGGCACAACAGUUUAAGAAUGCAUUCCUCCAGAAGAUUAUUUGAUCAGGUUGACCCUGAGCCUUCUUUGGACUUUAUUUGGAAUUUAGCAUGGAAAGCAAAAGUGAACUGUCAAGCAGAAAGACGUCAACAAGAGGAGAACCAAGUGCUAGCAUGUCUUUUGCCUCUGCAUACCCAUGCACAGUGUAUGUUGUUCAUGAUAGCUUGUCUACAACUUGACUAGAUUGGAGUUCUGGUAAUAGUGGCAAUCUUGACAUUCUUGGUCAGAGUUUAGAGAGAUGUAAGACUUCCAAUUAAUGUCUUAUUUACUUCUUUAUGUUGAUUAGUCUUUGAUACAUGUGCUGAAUCAGAAACCUAAAUAAAGAUAAUUUUUUAAAAUGUA